AUGAAUGCCCCGGGCUCACGCUCGGGCCCGGGGCGAGGGGGCGGGCGCGCAGUGGGUCGUGGCGGGAAUGACCGACGGGCGCAGGUGUCGCCGCAGGCGGAAUUUCACGCUCGGGGACAGCAGCUGCGCCCCGCGCGCCUCCGCCCUCGCGCGUCUGGGGCGGCCGCCACCCGCUUCCGCAGCUUUAGAGCCCACUCCCCGCCCCCCCGAGGGUGGCGCCGGGAAGGUAACAGUGGGUUCCCAUUGUCCUCCGUGGGCCGCCAGCGGUGGGCCCUGCGCGUGCGCCGCAGCGGCGCACAGCGGGCCGAACCGAUCAGAGAGACCGCCGGAGACCCGGACGCCGACCUGAAGCGUCUUCGUGUGGUCCCCGCGCGGAUAACGCCGGGAGCACGCGCCGCGCCUGGAUCUGCGCGCCACCGGCACGGACUGCGUGCGCCCGCGGGAGGCGCCGGUGCCCGGCCCCGGGGCUGGGGUCCUCGGCGGCUGUGGGUAAGUCGGUGCCCGCCCAGACCUCUCGUCUACCUGCGCGCCUGUCCGCGCCGCCGGGAGGGGGGGGGCGGAGGGGAUGGCUUCCGGCGCUUGGUCGCGAAAGGCUUGGGAACCUCGGCGGGCGCGGGGGGACCCGGGCGCCGCCUGCUCGGCGGGGGUGCGGAGGGCCUUGGGGCUGUAAAUGCCGCCGGGGGCGGGGAGGGGGUCGGGCGGCCCACGCGGAGCGCUGAGCCUCCCCGCCCCCCCCCCCGCGUUGUUCCCCACCGCUUUUCAGGGUGGGACUGCGCGGCUGCACUGCCCCCCUUGGAACGGCUGACAGCCAUUCCUGGACGCCCAUCGCGUGUUUCCAUCCGCGAACGAGCAGCACUGGGCUGCCGCGCCCCUCCCGUUGUGUAUUUGCACCCGGAUGGCACAUGGGGUGCACCCUGCACAUCUGUGGUGGCAGCUACCCCCGUCCCCACCCUUGGGUGCUCUCUCCACGGGCGACACGGAGGCGAGGCUGCCAACCUACAGAUCUGGCAGUUGCAUUGCUUUUGUGGUUUCUUAACAGCUGAGCGUUUACAAGAUCCCCCCCCCCCCCCUUUCUUAGCAACUGUCUUGACAUAG